UACGCAUUAAGUGAUUUGGGAUCAUUAUUAACAUGAAGUUAGGACUAUAACCACGUCUUAUUUGUACGAAAUAACAUUUCGAAUUACAAAUAUCUAAACUUUGCACGUUUUCUUUUCAAAUAUGCGCAGUUUUGCAUCACAGUGUAAGGUCUUUGUUGUCCAUCAUCAUUAUCGACGCUAGCUAAAACAACUCCGCGAAAGUUAUUUACACUGGCUGUUGUAAACAUGAACUCAUAGCAUGAACUGUACUUAGAAGUUGUAGCUUCCCGUUUACAUUAAGGUGUAGGGUUUGUUUUACGCUGCAACAUCUACUCUAAUCACACUAAGAUGAGUUUUAUAAUGUCGGGACACUGUGGUUGGUCAGUGUAACGUUACGCUUGUUUUAGCUAACCUCUGAACAGUCAGCAGAGUAGCUAACUGUUAGCAUCAAAACAGGUAAGUUAUGGCCAAACAUGCGGUACUGUCAUCGGGGUCAAAAAUGUGGAGAUCUCUGGCCUGUGCAAAGUCGGAGCUGAGUCUUGAUCUCACUCUUGCAUGUGGACAAUCUUUCCGAUGGAGAGAAACCGCAGAAGGCCACUGGACCGGAGUGAUGGGAGGACGAAUUUGGACUCUGACUCAAACAGGUGACAUUCUUUGGUACCACGUUUACAAAAACCAUGAACAAAACAGGGAGGUGGGUGGAAGUGACAGGAAGAGGAGGGCUGGUGUUUCUCUACAAAUGGAAAACAAGUCAGAGAAGAGGAUCAAAGGAGCUUUGAAGAAGGAAGAGGAGGAGCCGGUGGCCUUGACUUCAGUGCAGGACACUGAGGAGGAAGAAGAGAUGUUGAGAGACUACUUCCAGCUGAAUGUGAAGCUGCUGGAUCUCUACAAUGAAUGGGGAGUAGCAGACCCUCACUUUAAGUGCAUUGCAGACAUCUUCACAGGAGUGCGCAUGCUGCGCCAGGACCCCACUGAAUGCCUGUUUUCCUUCAUUUGCACCUCCAACAACCACAUCUCUCGUAUCCAGGGCAUGGUGGAGAGGCUGUGUCAGGCUCUGGGUGCCCCGCUGUGCCAACUGGAUGAAACCUCCUACUACAACUUUCCUUCCCUGUCUGCGCUUGCAGACAACAGUGUAGAGGCGUGUCUCAGGGAUCUCGGUUUUGGAUACAGGGCUCGGUUCCUUCAGCAGAGCGCGAAGCAGAUUUUGGACACCCAUGGGCUCCAGUGGCUUGAAGGUCUACGCAGUGUCCCAUAUCUGCUGGCCCGUGAUGCUCUGCGUACUCUCCCUGGUGUAGGCACCAAGGUGGCAGACUGUGUAUGCCUGAUGUCCCUGGAUAAGGCAGAGGCCGUACCCAUAGACACACAUGUGUGGCAGAUUGCUAAACGUGACUACAACUAUGCUUCUGGCAACGGACAAAAGAGCAUCACAGCUAAACUUCACCGAGAUAUUGGGGAUUUUUUCAGAAAACUGUGGGGUCCUUAUGCUGGUUGGGCACAGUCGGUGUUGUUUUGUGCUGAUCUCAAGAAGUUCCAAAAGCUGAAAGAAAUGCCACAUCUGAAACGGCCAAAGAAAGAGGAAAAUGAUGAAGAAGAACUGAGGGUGGCAUGCAAGAAAACAAAAAUUAAGAGAGAAGAAAAUGGAACUGUGAAGAAGAUGAAAACCAAGUCAGCACAUCACAAGAAAGCAAAGACUUCUGAAUGAGAGAGUUAUAUAAGGUAAACAAGCUUCUUACAUCAGGACUCACAUCAGAUCACAAUACCACAUUUUUUCUCACACACUUUGGCUAACUUCAUUUUAAAAAACCUAAUGGAAUUAAAUAUAUAAACUGUAUUUUUGUCAUGGUAUAAAACAAAUUAUUGUAAGAAGGUUCUUAGGGUUUUCAUUUACAUGUUUUUUACCUUGACCUUUUCUAUGUUUACUUUCCUAUGAGUCCACUACGACAGCACACUGGUGGCCUUUGUUUUGGUUUUUACAAUAAAGACAAAAUAACUUA